AUCACUAUAUAUUUGCUUGAACGAACGAAAUGUUUACAUUUAGAAAGUUUUCAGAGUUAUUUUUUAAAAAUUAAUUUCAAAAACAAUAAAAAUGUUGAAAAUAGUAAUACCGGAAGUUAAUGCCUUCCACAAUCUUAAAUGUGGAGAAAUAUUUUGUUUGACGUCAACGGUUUAUAAGGCAGCUUGUUGCUUGUGUGGUCAGCACAUAGACUUUUCCGACUUCCCUCAACAUUUUCAAGAAGAACAUUUAGUAUCAACUAUUGACAGCAAGGAUAUAAAAGAAACUGCACAAAAUUUUGAAAAACAAGUUGAAACUACAAAAAUCGAGCCAAUUGAAUUGAAAGACAAAAGUCCCCAAAACGAAUGUGAAUCAUUAGAAACAGCUGAAUUGAAUGUCGAUGAGGAGUUUCAAACUGUCUUAGAAAGUGUAACAACGCAGGAAGAAGAUGAAAAUCCUAUUAAUAUAGAAGAAUUACUACUUGAAGUGGAAUCAGUUGUGAAGAGCAUAGAUAUUAAGGAAACUGAAGUUAUUAGUGAAUCACAUAUUUCAGCUGAUGAAGAAGACACCAAUUGGAAUGAUGAAAAUCUUGAUGAAACAAGUGAAACAGAUGAUUCAAAAACUAAUGACAGUGAUGUUCAAUUUUCCUGUCGUCUUUGUACUCGAAAAUAUAAACACAAACGAAGCUUAUACAAUCAUAUGCGAAUAAAUCAUAAUCCAUCCCGGCCGCGCAUUUUGCCAAAAUUCAAGUUCAAAUGCGGUGAGUGUGGAGAAUCAUUUCGCACUGAAAGAAAUUUACGUGGCCAUAAAUGGAAGCAUACAGGUAUUGUAUGUGAUAUAUGUGGUAAAUCAUUUACACAAACUGGAAACUUACAAAGACAUAAAAUUCGACAUACUGGAAUUAAAGCAUACAAAUGUGAUGAAUGUGAUAGUAGUUUUUUUACUGACAAGGAACUUCGGUCGCAUAUUAUGCGUCACACUGGCUUUAUGCCUGUUAUUUGUGAAAUAUGUGGAAGGAAAUGUCGAGAUCGUGGUGUUCUGAAAGCGCAUAUGCGCCGUCAUACAGGUGAAAGACCUGCAAAAUGUACAACAUGCGGUAAAUGCUUUUUUAGUGUUCAUGAUUUAACUGUACACGCUGUAUCGCAUACUAAAGAACGUCCUUUUGUCUGUGAUGUAUGUAGUGCCACAUUUCAGAGAAAAAAAGCCUUGCGAGUGCAUAAAAGAAUUCAUCUUAAGGAUAAGAGAUAUAAAUGUAAAAUAUGUGACAAAGCCUAUGCACAAUCAGGCGGUUUAAGGUUUCAUAUGCGUUCUCAUGGCACAGAACCUACCAAAAAUAUAAAUAGUAUUGAAGACAUUAUAACAGUUAUUCCAGUCAAUAGUAUAGAAAUUGGUCUGGAAGGCAGUUGAUUAAUUUAAUUAAAAUCAAACAGAAAAGAACAUUUAUAAAGUACUUUAAAGCGUACAUAAAUAAAUAAUCUACAAU